UCAAGCUGUCAAUUUUUUGAGAAGCAAACAGCAAACUUGCCAAUCUGGUAUUUUUUUUUUCAGUAAACUUGUUUUUCUGUUGUGUUGUGUUUGCUAUUAUACUUUCCAAAUCUAUAAAUCGUCAAUUUCAAGUGGUUAAUUCCUAGGAACACCACCUAGUCGUAUGAUGUUUUGAAGUGUUAGAUUUGUGCUAAAUUAAUUUGAAGAUGGCUACCACCUUGUUUGAUAGUCCCUUCAUUCGACAACAAUUGCAUCGCUUGCGGCGGACUGAUUUCGACCUCGAUGAGGAUCAAAGAUUUGGUCGAUGUGACUGCACAAGUUAUUCCUACUUUGUGCUAUCCAUGGUACUAUUUUCUGUAGGAACUGUCAUUACCGUGCUCGCCUUGGGCGAUGCCGAUGGUUACAUAUUACACAAUUUGGGACACAUGUGGCUCGUUGGACCAAUAUUUAUAUGCUCUGGAAUGAUGGUUGCUGUGAAAAGCAUGCUAUAUUUGCGAAGGAAAAGUGUAAUCCAAAUGCUCCUUCAUCGACGCGAAUUGAUUCGUGACAUGGCAAUAGUGCAGGCUGAGCAAGCAUACAGUGGACAAGUGCCUCGGACAGCAUCCAAUGCAACUCUACCUCCCUCUUAUGAUGCCUUAUUAGCCAACGCGGCUACCAGCAAGCCUCAGCCGUCAAGCACUGAACCGCCUCCGCCCACUUACGAUGAAGCCAUGUACCUUAUCGGUGAUGACAAGUUUCAGGUUUCUAAAAAUGAUGACAGUGCCAAACAGGAGUCCAGCAACCAGUCAGUAGACAGUGCUGAUAGCAGCAAACCUUAGGACCGAUAAACCUUACAUGUUUAUUACUAGAUAUUUAAGAGUAAACUUAAUUCUUCCUGUUUGUACUUAUAAUUUUAUUCAUAGUCACUAUACAUAUUGUAUUCUCUAAUGUGCCUAAAAUUUGAAUUAGCAAUGUUGUUGUUAUAUUUUAUGUGAAUUAUGUGAGUAAAAUUCCAUUUCACUAAGAGCAAUUUACAAGGAAGAAUGCUACUUAGGCCUAAUUCAAAAAUAAAACAAUGAAAAAUUCUUGAAAAUGUAUACCUUGAAGUAGUAUUUUCCUUGUAAUUAAGAAUAAAAUGUUAUUGGUUCUUGGUGGAUGCUUGAAGGAAGUCUGAACUUAAUUCUAAUUAAGGAAAAUAUACCAACAAAUGUGAAAGCUUUGUUAAAACAUUAAUAUGUAUGUUUCACAAGGAAAACCUAUAUUUACUACUAAUAAGUUGUAUUAUUUAGACAUUGAAGUUUAUAUUCAUGAUGUAAGUAUAUCUUUUUAUAGAACCAAGAUAUUGCGAAAUUUUAUAUGCUGUAUUUUUCUAUGUGAAUUAUCAUUGUGAAUUUAUUAUAGUAAAACAUCUGUGCCUGUAAUGUUGAAUGAAGCUUAUGGUUGUGUCCUUAUAUGGAAUGCAAAAUGCAAUCUUGUUCAUAGUAGUGCUAAAUUACUUCUGCUGGGUGUUAACAGAAACCAGUGUUAUGAAUAUAAUGGAUUAUGAUCUAGAAAACUAGGGAGAAUACUAUUUAUUUGAGAUAGGUGUUACUCCACUAUUUGCUUUAAGUUUUUUAUUAUUAAGGAUACUGAUGAAGUCUCAUUACAUAGAUUUUUCAUAAGAUGCCUCUCCAAAAUUGUUAAAUGUUGGAAAGACUGAUGCAUUUACCGUGAAUGUAUGAUUAAAUAUGAAAUGUUAGUCAUUAACAAAGCUAUGUAUACAGGGUGAAGAUUUAAAGAGGAACUACAUUUACAUUA